GCAAGAUCACGUGAAAUGCCACUUUUGCACAGUCGAGGGACGAAACGUCGACCAAACAUGAAGCUUUUGCACCUUGAUGAGGACGAUGGAGUUCGCUACGUGCAAAUGCAACAUAUUAACAAAGGUUUCGCAGAUAUUUCAUCCAAGGAGAGAGGUAAUGAAAUGUCGGGACUUCGAGGGUACGGCAAAUGGGCUCCAGAAACUGAGGGAGUCACUUUGACCUGGCAUGACCUCAGCGUGUACGUGCCCGCGGAAAAGGAAGGUGGCUGGUUCCGAAAACAGACCAAGCCAUACAAGAGACUUCUGAAUUCAGUUUCGGGCGCUGUCAAACCAGGCACAUUGGUUGCACUCAUGGGCUCAAGUGGCGCGGGAAAGAGCACGCUUAUGAAUGCUCUUGCAUAUAGAAACCCAGUCGGCGUUGUUGUUGAUGGAGACAUCAGAGUGAAUGGACGGCCGAUUGGUCCAUAUAUGAACCACCUUUGUGGAUAUGUACCUCAGGAGGACCUUUUUGUUCGGGACCUCACAGUUAAGGAACACCUAACAUUUAUGGCGUGGAUGCGGUUAGACCGCCGAACCAGUCGACUCGAGCGGCGCCGCCAGGUUGCGGAUCUCCUCAGCACACUGGGACUGUCCGACCGGGCGGACACGCGGAUCGGCGCCACGGGUCACGAGAAGGUGUUGUCAGGGGGCGAAAAAAAGCGCCUCGCCUUCGCCUCGGAAUUGUUAACCGACCCCCCAUUGCUUUUUUGCGACGAGCCGACGACAGGCUUGGACUCAUUUUCGGCGCAGAAAAUCGUGCACAUGAUGAGCUCGAUGGCGGCGAAUGGCAAGACGAUCGUCUGCACCAUCCACCAGCCCAGCUCGGAACUUUUCAGUCAGUUCCAUGAACUGAUUCUUCUCGUCGAUGGACGGAUUGCAUUUAUGGGCACUCCGAAUAAUGCAGUCACUUUCUUCACUAGCCUCAACUAUCGUUGCCCAGAAAAUUACAAUCCCGCGGACUUUUUUAUUCAUGCGUUAUCAGUCACGCCGGGUGACGAGGAAAGGUCAAGAGUAGCAGUCAAGGCCAUUUGUGACCAGUACACGGUGAGCGAACACGCGCGUGCCGUGGACCUGCUCGUGCACUACGAGCGCCACCUGGCCGAGUCUUGCGAGGUUCCAACUCAACACCACAAAUCAACCAGAGCCAAGUUCAAGGGACCUUUGCUGAGCACGCAGUUCUUUUGGCUUGCGUACCGCUCCUUCCUUUGCAUUCUCAGGGACCCUGCCGUGCAAAAGCUUAGGAUAGUUCAAAAACUGGGAAUUGCCAUAAUGGUCGGACUUUGUUACGUCGGGACGCAGUUAGACCAGAAAGGAAUCCAAGCAAUACAAGGAGCCCUCUUCAUUUUUGUGACCGAAAACACAUUUUCGCCAAUGUACUCAGUACUCGCGCUAUUCCCGCAGGAGUUUCCCCUGUUCAUGAGGGAAUACAAAUCAGGGUUGUACAGCGUCGGCGUCUACUAUUUUUCAAAACUAAUAGCAAUGCUUCCUGGGUUGGUGCUUGAGCCAGUUGUUUUCUUACUGGCGUGUUACUGGUUGAUAGGACUCCGCACCACCCUGUAUGCAAUUCUGAUGACUGCAUUUGUCACCAUAUUAACUUUGAACGUUUCCACCUCAUGCGGAUGCUUUUUCUCCACCGCCUUCGAGUCACCCACAUUUGCAAUGGCAUAUCUAGUGCCAUUCGACUUCCUGCUAAUGGCUACGUCAGGCCUGUUCAUUAAAUUAAGUACAAUACCCAUUUACAUCGGAUGGGCUCGAUUCAUAUCUUGGAUGAUGUAUUCCAACGAAGCCUUGUCAAUUGUCCAAUGGCAAGAUGUGCACAACAUAACCUGCAACUCGAAUGCUCCGGACGCGCCUUGCCUGCGAGAAGGAAGCCAAGUACUGAGCAACUACAGUUUUGCGGAGGAAAACUUGCCCUUUGACAUCCUGGCCUUGAUUGUUCUUUAUUUGUGUUUCCACAUGCUUGGCUAUUUCUGCCUGAUUAGAAGAGUAAAGAGGACUUGAGUGUGAUAAUUUUUGAAAUUAAUGAAAGAAUAAAGAAAGUAUCGAAUUCUGUAGGUAGAGAUAACUGUACAUUUUUUUAAAUCUAAUUAAUAACUUUUUUUCUAAAAAUAAAGGUAAUUUAUAUUUUCACUUAUUGUGAAUGAUGCGACAAAGCUUUUAAUUUAUUAUAUUUUGAAUUAGUUUAAUAUUGAGUUAGGUUGACAUUUAUAUAGUAUUCCGAUUAUCAGGUCAUACAACGCUCCUGCUAACUGAUGACAAACAGAGAUCUUGGUUUUGCUGUUCAAUUAUUGAAGUAUUAUGCUGUUCAACAAACGCUCCAUGUUCAAUAAAUAAUUGAUAUUGUGAAUAAACCACUAUUGUCUGAAAUAAAUAGUUAAAUAAACUUUGAGAUCAAAUGUAACAACUUGAUUGGCAAUAGUAAAUACCACUGAAAGGAAAAACAGAUACACUCAUUGUAGAAGAAGUAAAACGCAGUUCUUAAAACUAAUUUGAGCACAAUGUGAUAUGAACAAUUUUGCUAAUUACAAUUUAAUCGCACUUAAAAUGCAGUCUCUUGUUGGUUUAAACAUUUCAUUAAUGACACUGCCAGCAGUGUUGUUACGCUUUUUGCUUAUUGUAGUUAUUGUUUGUUGUUUUUCGCAAAAUUAUGUGAUGCCCAGUUCAGAGAUGUUUUCCACGAGUUGGAAAGCGCUUCAUCGAACUUGGAACGAAAAUGCUCCAACGCCUCUUCCUCAGUCUUUUGCAGAGCCUUAAGCAGAAUACGACAUACAAUUUUAGUUGUAUGAAAAUUCCAUUUUCAUCAGAUAAAUAAAAAAUCCA